UUUAUCACGUGCUUCAAGAGAGGACGACCGGGGAAGAGGUGGGUCGGCUGCGUGAAGGAGGAUUUUAAGACGGAAGGGAUAAACGAAGCAGGAUACGAUAGAACCACACGUAGAAACUUCAUUCGAAGCAGUGACCCUGUAUACAAGUGGAACACCAGCUGGGAUUAUUACGUGCUUAAAGUAUGCAUGCUGAUGCGCAGUGAGGAGGUGGUGCCUAGUCUGCGCGCGCAUCACCACACCACCACUCACUACCUCCUCGUGUGUGGUGUUGUGUGCUGGCUGAGGGAGGAGGGACUAAGCGAGACUCUUCACACCGACCUUACAAUCUUGACCCUACAUCGUACCCAAGCUCUCACCGGCUCCCUCGAUCCCCCAAGGGUCUUGCUGUGAUGUCUGCCUCCCCCGUGGCUCGUCAGGCGGUGGCUCAGGCCGUGCCGCAGAAUAUACCUCGCAGGGUUACUAUUAAUUCCCCGGCUGAGCUUCCAAAUGACUACAGCACUACCCCUGGAGGCACUCUCUUCUCCACCACGCCAGGAGGCACGAGAAUCAUAUACGAACGAACCUUCCUGAUGCAGAUGCGAAACUCCCCCCUGGCCAAGACCCCACCCAAGAACCUCCCAGUGAUCCCUGGAGUGACUGCAAAGGAUACGGAGGUGGUCCACCGCGAGAAUGGCACCAUUGUGGAGGAACCAGAGAAGCCAGAAGCGACUGACAUGGACCAAUUUGAGAUGGACCUCUAGGCUCCACCUCGUCCCUGGCUCCACCGUUCAUCAUCAGGUCUUGGUGCUCAACACUCCUGGCCGCUGAGAGGCUCCGUGGCCUGGGGUCAUGCCGAUUAUUGAUCCUGUCCUCCGAGUGAUUACUUUAGGCAACAUGCCGACUUAACCCAGUGGCUCAGUUGUAACUCCUGAAUGCCGGAUCUUGCAAGUGCUUGACUGGCACCUUGGUUGUUGUUGUUAGGGGUGGUGAAGGUAAUGGUGGCGGAGUGGUCAGCACUGAAGGGCGGCACUCAUUCAUGACCUUGCAAUGCUUGGUCUUUGCUCAGCGUCCAGCACAAGGCUGUCUGUUCCCUCACUUACUUGUUUCAGAGAGUGUCCGCUGAGCCUGACAGACACACCUGCACUGCCCUUGUAUUGUGGUCUCUGCUUUAUUACUCUUUCUUAAAUAGGUUACUAUGGCAUGACAUUGUAUCACCUUGGAGCUGAUAAGUCCUGAUGGGAGUAUUGGCUGCAGGUGUUGGGAGUCGCUGUGGCAGAUUGACGGAUCCCCUCCUGAUCUCUCCUGUGUGCAGCGAGGCCUGAGUGCUGGGCAGGAAUGGCUCAGGUUGUCUUUUGGAAAAAAGCUGAAAUUACCUUUGAACUUACAAUUUUUGCUAAAGUGCCAAAAAGUAAAUGAAAAUCUUAGCUAUUCAGGGAAGAGUGUGCAUGCGUUUGUGUGUGUGUGUGCCCGUGUGUGCAUGUGUGUGUGUCCUGGAUCAGCUGGAAAAAAUGUAAUGAGUAUAAGAAUGCUUUUGUAAAACUUUGCAAAGCAGUCACCAUCAUUUGACUUGCAUUGGUUGAGCACAGAAGCGGUGAACAGCCGGCCUGAUGAUGGUGGUGAUGGUGUUAACCCAGAGUUGGUCUUAAGAAGUGUUAAUUGAUACAUUGUUAAACAUAGGAAUUAGUUUGUUAGGGCUUAAUGCACAUUUAUGCCUGAUCAUGUCACUCUGGUCAUUGUGAUAACCGAGUGUGUGUGUGUGUGUGUGUGUGUCUGUGUGUUGGAGACGAAUUUUGUAUUUUCCAGAAUUCGCAAAGGCUGGGCGUGUCUUGGCUGUAUUAUUAUGCAAUGAAGGCUUUUUUUAAAGUUUGUAAAUUGGUGUUUCAAAGUUUUCUAUCUCAUUAGGAUUGAUGGCUAGAAACUGAAUGUGACAAAUUCAAGUGGCAUACCGGAAAUGGAAAACUCACGUGAAAAUACAAAGAAAAAAAUUAAAUAAAAAUGUCAAAGGUG